CGUUGCCGUGGUUACGUGACGCGAGCCCUCCUCCGAGGCAGGUGAGGCGGAGGUUCGCGCCCCGCCGCCGGCCGGACCCGCCUCUCGCCGCCCCGGCGGCCUCCUGUGCCCGGUGCGGUGAGGGAGCAAUGGAGGUCCCUGUGGGGCUGCCUUCCAGAAAGGACUCCUCUGCCUUAGGCGCAGCUGCAGCUCUUCCCAGCGAGUCACAACCAACACCAGCAAAACCAGUACAGGUCACAGUACUGGAGGCGCAGAACCUGAAAAGUAUCAAAAGCGAUGCGUCAGUGACUUUGGUGCGUGUGGAGUACAAUGGAGCAGUGUUGGGAGACUCCUGCCAGACUCAGGUCUUGCCAGACGGGACAGCAAACUAUAAUUUCACGACCAGCUUUGAGUGCAGCCCCAGUGGGCCCAACUCCUUGGACAGCAUUGUGCAAAAUCUUGUGCUCUUGACAGUGAUAGAAGUGCACAAGGAGAAGAAACAGAAGGAGAAGACUGUGCCGCUUGGCCAAGCUGUGGUGGACCUUCUACCUCUGCUGCAAGGACAGUGUUCAUUUAAGGUCUUGGCUCCUUUGUAUGCAGUGCCUGCCUCUCCGUUAGAGAGUGUUCAGCUGGAGGCCAAGGGUGGCCUUGAAGUGACAGUGUGCACCGAAGAGCCUCUGCUUUCUGCAACGCAGCUUUCAGAGGGGAACCUCCUGAGCGUCACGCUGGAGGCUGCUUAUUCUGUCCCUGAAGCAUUUGCUGCUGCUGGACCCCUACAGAACUUCAUGGCUUGCUUGCAAGUGCCAGCAGCCGGGGAGAAAGAAUUCCCCUUGCUCUUCAUGAAUGGCAUCUUGAAGCCUGCUGGUGAAAAAGAGCCGUUGCCCCGACCCAAAAAAUGGCCCCUUGCUAAUAUCAUGGCCCCUGGUGCUCUGAGCAUACCUAACUCCUUCAUCGUUGGUGGUCCCUAUGAGGAUGAGGAUGGAGAGCUCAACAAAAGAGAGGACAUGGAAUUCAGGAUCCAAGCAGAGAGCACGAAAAGAGUCGUAUGGGAUGUGGAAAGACGCUGUUACCUGGAUCCCGCUGCAGUGGUCAUCCUGCAGAAGCGCAUUGCAGAGUGCCGGUACUGGCCCGUGGAGGUCUGCAGGGUGUCUGUGGGCUCACCCAGCAAGGGGAAAACUAGCAAAGCUGACAAGGGAGAUGAGGACAAGCAGAUUUCCUUCCAUGGCGUGGCAUAUGUCAACAUGGUGCCUUUGCUGUGCCCUGGUGUGAAGCAGAUCCGAGGUGCCUUUCGUGUCUUUGCCUACCACAGCAGCGAGGUGUUUGAGAAGACCAAAAGUCAGCACAGUGUUUUCCGGGAUCUCAGGAAGCUCAGUCUGAGUAAGGAAGGGUUGUGGACCCCAGGAAUCGGUUCUCCCCUUUCCAGCGCUGUUCACAGCAAGAUUCAGAAGGAAGACAAAAUCACCAAAGAUACCACCAGAAGGAUGUCCAACCUGCUCAAAAUUCCGUUGCCAGAUGCCAUUGCAGAAACUGAAAACGUCACAUCUCUCAGCCUUGAUGGGCAGCAAUACAUUGAAGCAGAAACGUUCCUGGUGAUGGAGAUAAAGCUGGACAAGGCCUUGGUACCAAAGCGAUCACGAGAGGAGCUCACCAGCCGGGUCAGCCAGAUGAUUCCUCCUCGCCCUCCGCUGCCUGCUCGGACUGAAGGAGCCAAGAAGGCUGUGGAAUAUUAUCACAAUCAUGUCACAAGCAUUGCCGUUGCCAUCCUAAGUGAAUACCAUGAGCUCUUUGGGAAGCAGCUGCCUGACUGGGGAGCGAUAGACCCCCAAACCCUGCAGGAACAGAAGCGUCAGCUCAACUUAGAGCUCAAUAGGUCUGGGAAAUAUUUCGCUUUUAAGGAACAGCUAAAGUAUGCUGUAGUGAAGAUUGUGAGGGAGAAAUACCUGAAAACCACAGCGUUUGAGACCCAGGAGCAAUUACAGGCAUUUCUCAGUGAGCUCUACGUGUACCUCGUGGACCAGAUGCAUGUUGCCCUGAACCAGCUACUCUUUGAGGAAGCUGCUCCUCCUGCCCCUCCUCCCCGUGUGACCGAGGAUCAGCUUUGGCUCUUUGCUCGCGAAGCUGAAGUCAACAAGGACUACAAGCUGGCAGCUCUCUACCACCAGCAGAGAGUAGCUCAGGACCAGUGCAACAUCCAGUACCGCCUGGACUAUGGGAUUUUCUGCCUUCUGCUCGAGGAAAGAAUGAAAGCCCAGGAGUGCUUCAGGGAGGCUCUUUCUCUGGAUCCCCACCACGUCCAAAGCUUGCUGCUCUGUGGGAUUGUGGCAGUCAUGCUGCAGCACUGUGAGGAGGCAGAGAUUUUCUUUGAGGAUGCCUGCUGCUUGGAGCCAUCCAACGUUGUAGCCUGGACGCUUUCAGGUUUGUUUUAUGAGCUGCAGGAUAAUAAUAUUCAGGCAGAAAUGGCCUUCCGUGAGGCAAAGAAGCUACUGCAAGCACAGCUUGCCGAGGAGAGGAGCAUCCCUGAGGCUGUUGAGGGAGAAGGAGGGGAAAAGCCCAUUUCUGCUGCAGAUGUGAAGUCUCCCAGCCCAAGUCCAGAAGAGCGCUCACCAGAGGGGGUUCCAAAUGGCUCAGCUGACAAACUGCCAGAGACAGCAGAGCAUGCCCAGGACUGCACAGCACCCAAGGAAGAGGCUACGGCACCAGAGGCAGCUCCAAAAGCUGAGGAACCUCCAGCGGAGCAGGUUCAUCCCAGGUUUCAGAGCAGCACUUCUCAGGAUGGACAGCCAGCAGCACCAUCCCCUGGUUCAGGACUUAGCCAACCUCCCUGCACAAUCUUCAUGAAGACAGUGGAAUUCCUGAUGAAAGUCAACGCUGUCCAGUUUGUUCACAGAGCGCUUGCCCACGAGCUGCUGAACCUCCAGGGAGGUCCGUCCUGUGCUUACUACCUGACGCUGGCCCAGACUUACUUGCUGAAGGAAGAUUUCUCCAAAUGUGAAGAAUGUCUCUGUGAGGCCAUUAACAUCAACUACCUGAAUCCAAAUGUCUGGGCUCAGAAAGGGCACCUGUGCUACCAGAAAGGGAAUUUUCAUGAGGCAAAGGAGUGCUACGAGCGAGCCAUCGGUUUUGUGGAGGAUGCUGCGGAUAUGCACUUCAUCUACCUGCACCUGGGCUCCAUUUACCUGGAAGAGAAAGAGUAUGGCCAAGCAAAGCAGACCUACCUGCUCGCCUGCAAGAACUCUGCGUCCUGUCUCACCUGGCUGGGGGUGGGAAUCGCCUGCUACAGGCUGGAAGAGAUGGUAGAGGCAGAGGAUGCUCUCUCAGAAGCCAAUGCCCUAAAUAACACCAACGCUGAAGUGUGGGGAUAUCUUGCCCUCAUCUGCCUGCAGUGUGGGUUGUGUCCUCAGCAGCUGCUCUCGUGCCGUUUCUGCAGGGAGGCCGGGAGCGGGAGGCCGAGCAGUGCUACAAGUACAGCGUCAAGCUGGGCCUGAGGAACGACGCGUUGCUGCGGGAGAUCCGCGCCGCCCAGCAGCGACUCGGCUUCGGCGACCCGGCCCUCUGAGCCCCGCGGAGGCCGGCCCUCCGCUCCCUUCCGGCGCUGUCCUCUCCCCCCCGCACCGGAGCCCCGUUCCAAAUAAAGUCCCCGAGCGCUC